GUGUAAUCAUCUGUGAGUGCAUCUGAUCAAAUGUCAAAUCAAAUCAAAAUAACCAAAAAAUUUAAUUGUUACUUGAGUUGAGGUUGUGAAUUUGUGAUUUGAGGUUUGCUUUGUGUAAUAAUUAAUAUUUUUAAACUCUUCAAUUAAAUCAACAAAGAUAGAUAUAACAAUAUCAAAAAUGGUGCCGGGCCUUGCGAUAUUAUAAUCUGGUGAUUACAAAAACGUUGAAACACAUCGAAUGCUAACUUAUUAAAAAGGCAAUAUCUAAUACCAUUCGAGAUGAGUCUCUUACUGAAUUUGCCCGAUGAAAUUAUCAUCUUAAUUAUCAAGAUGCUGGAUAUAAAAUCAUUAAACAACCUAUACAUUGCUUGUGAACGUGUGCAGAACAUUAUUUCAACGUUUGGUGUUAUAAAAAAGUGCAACUUAUCACUUCAUGUUGUGGCAAAACCGGAGACCUUUAAAUUGCCGUUUUUCAAAGAGAUCUCAAGACAUCUGCAGGAACUAAAUGUUUGUGGAAUGUUCAACUUAUAUAAGACAGUGUUCAUGCCAGUAGUCAAGAAACUGCAUUGUCUGAAAACAUUGGAUGUCACUUAUACUAAUAUUUCAAUCACUGACUUAGUUCACAUUCAUGAUGUGUGUCCAACUAUAAAAGAUGUUAGCAUUAAUUUUUCAUUUGGUAAGCCAUACACAAAGUUACAGGAAGUAGUAUUGAAUCAGUCUAACAUUAAACAGUAUCAAAAAAUGUUCAAGAACUUUGAAAAUGUUCACUUUGUGGGUAAUCUCCAUAUUAUGUUGUAUUCUCAGCUACCUAGUCUCAUAUUAGGUAAGGCUAUGUUAAAAAACAUAAAAUUCACAAUUAUAGAUUGCGAUCCAACACACAGUGCAUUAUCUUCGCCUGAUGUUCUAUGUUUUGAGAACUUCACUGUAUGUAUUUCCAGUACCAAAAUCCAAAUGUCGGCGGCCUGUAUGAUGCAUCAUUUUGCAAACCAGCACGGAGAUUUCCAAAGUCACGGUUGUAUGAAUCAAAUGUCUCCGUUUGAUGUAUUUAGUUUUGAUCAUUAUGAAUCUAUAAUUAUCAUUAGAAAACAUUGUUUGACGAAACCAAUAUGUUAUGUGACUCCUAUAUUUGAAAAAUUCUUCAGCAAACACAUUUUACACUUGAUUUUGAACAUAGAGUUUAAUAUUACACGUAAUUUUGAUAUUGAUUUGUCUGGAAAUGUCUGUAUCAUGCUUUGGAAUAAAAGUUUGACAAAGUUUGAUGAUAUAUUUUUUUCAAAUUUGUGGUGUAAGUUAAGACCCAUUUUUCCAUGCUAUUUUGAUGCAUUAACAGACAUUGCGGUACCCAAUGAUUUUAAUCUAUAUGUUACAAUUCCCCAAGACACACAACUGUGCCCUCACUGCCCAACAAUGAAUGGCAAAAAGAGAAGAACUGGUCCACCAAUUUGUGUACUAGACUUUGACACAGCUUUUAAAGAAAAAAGUAAAUGCCAGUUAGCUCUCAUGUUUGAAAAUAACAUCAAAUGUACUGUAAACUUAUCCUCACAAACUGACUAUUUGAGAAAAUUGACAUACUUAAGUUUGAGUGGACACAUACGCUACCAUCUUGAUUUUUUUAAAAUAUUAUUUACAUGCUGUCAAAAUCUUGUUACUUUAUCUGUGAAAGCUAAUUCUUGCUGUUCAUGUCAUGCAGCAAUAUCUAGAUCUCUACCAUUGAAUAAGUCAAUUAGAAAUAUUCAACUAAUUGAUAGAAGUAUUGAUUUUGAGGCGCUAUUUUCAUCUAUGAGCCAAUGUAAACUGUUAGAAAAUAUCCAUAUAUUGGAUAUAUCUGAUAAUGCAAACUUUUCAAGCCCAUCUGAUGUGCUUAAGCAAUGUGUAAACUUAUAUUGUAUGUAUCUGUAUCUUUAUGCCUCGUGGAGUGACAGAAGGAAGUAUACAAACAUCAUAAAACAGGCAACCUCUUCUAAACAAAAGGAUACAGUAAUAAAAUUAUUCACGAAUACUUAUUUACUAUGUGAUCCUUAUUCUGAUGUUUUUAGUUUAAAUUUAUUGUAAACAUAUUAUACACAUAAUAAUGUGUUAUUGUGUUUCAGCCAUCAUUUAAUUUUAUAUACAGGAACUGUAUUAAUAAAUUUAUUUAACUAUAUUUAAAACUUAUUCUUUAAGUUGUACAUAUUGCAAAUAUUCAGAUAAUUGAUUUAAGAGUCAAUGUAAACUAUUGGAAAAUAUCCACUUAUUCUAAUAUGUGAAUAUUUUCUAAUAUAGAUAGUGCUACCAUGCAACCAAUGAGAUAAUCUCAUGAAGGAAAAAAGGAUAUACUGCUGUCUCUUUUGUCAAAUUAUUGGAUGAUAUUUUGUCUACACUUGGUAGCACUACUGCUAAUGCAAAUUCAUCUUACAGCACCAAGAAGUGCACUAGCAUGUACAGGCAACCACAUCUAAACAACAAAAAAAUUAUUAACAGUUUACUAUUUAUAAUGUGAUUCUUGUUCUAAUGUAAUUAUUCUGAUUAUUUAAAAUAAAUUUAUUGUGAAACAUGUACAUUGUACACACAAUAUACAAUAAGAUUUAGUUUUUAGCCAUAUUUUAUUUUUAUGUAGGUGUAUAGUUAUCCUAUAGGAACUGUUAAUUAAGUAUUACUUAUGUACCUACAUUAAAUUAUAAAGCAUGCUCUCUCUUAAGGUAAAUAUGUAGUUAAAUCAAAAUAAAAAUCUAUUUAUAAUGAACUCAAAAACUACUGGACCGAUUUGAAAAAUUCUUGCACAGGCUACAUUAUUACGGAGUAGCAUAGGCUAUGUUUUAUCCCAUGUAUUCCCAUGGGAAUGGGAACUAUAUGGUUCUAUGUAAUAUGUACAGCAAUAUGUAUAUUGUAUAAUAUGUUACUGGCAAACUAAAUUUGUGAACCAACAGAUAACAUUUAUGUUGGUUCACAACAGUAACUUAAAUUAAAUUAAUAGCAAGCCACAGAUUAACAUAGUAGACAUUUACAACUCGUUCCGUCGCCCUUUCAUUCAUACAUAAAAAAGAUACCUACAUGUAAAAGAAAAUCAUAUUCAUAAUAUUUCAUACAUUCCCAGAAAGCCCUUUGCAUUCUAUACAUUGCCUAGGCAUUGUAUAUAAAACCGGAUUAUACAUAGCCAGUAUUAUACUGAUUAUAUAUAUAAUUAUAUAGUAUUAGUACAGAUUAUAUUUAGCCAGUAACAUAAGCAAUAAAAACUUCCCCAUUGAUCCAGGUGUUAGCCUAUAUGGUUUCACUAGGUCCUAGGUUCCAAUUCUGGGUUGGGGUAACACUAAGUUUUUCUUUUAAGAUUUGUUUUGUUCAAAUCCUCAGCUGUUGUUGUUGCUCAGAAGUUGAGAUGUUGGUGGUCUUACGCCUCGGAGAGCACGAAUUGUCGGUUACGGUCAUUACCAUUGACUUCUGUUAGUGGUUGUUAACGAAUUUAACAUAAUGGCCCUAAGCCCGCCAACCCGCAUUGGUGAAGUGUGUUGGGCCUAAGCUCUAUAACCCUUCUUCUAUAAGGAAGGAGGCGUGGCAUAGUUUUCCGAUAUGUCAUAAUAGGUAGACUAUAAGACUAUCAUAAUAAUUAUGAUCGUAAAUAGUGUUAAGUAAAGUCCUAAUUAAUGAUACAUAUAAUUUAUUGGAUACUUUUACCUAUCUGUAUAUAUUUUUGAACCCAUAAUAAUAGUUAUACUGAAUCUGAGUGAUAUUUUGCAUCAUAGGUAAUCAUUAUUAGGUAGGGGCUUUGUCAGACUGUUCAGCAUAAGCAUUUUAAGUUUAUCCUACAAAACGAUAGAAUUCCUAUUUCUUGUAGAAUAUGAAAAGUAUGAUCUGCCACUUUCUUAUUCGCCUCUAAAGGUAGACUUCUGUUCUUGGUUUGGUUGGUUGGUUUGGUUGCAGCAGCAGUGCACUGCUUAGUAUCAAUUUAUAAGGAGCACAAAGCAAAAGUGGUCGCUCCCAUCUAUCUAUAUCGUUAUGUGGGCCCCAUAUUAAAGAACGCACAAUGUGUCAUUACUCAAAGACGUGCACGCACAUCAUGACUUAGUAUGCAACAAGCGCAUGCUGUGACUUAAAACAUAUUUUACUGUGUUUUUCUUGUUUAAUCAAGGGAUUAAACAAGAAAAUCCCUUGUUUAAUCCCAACAAACAAUUAAACAAUUGUUUAAUUGUUUGUUGUUUAAUUCUGUGUCUUAAUUAUGUCACAGAGACACACAUAAUUAAGGAAUUAUGUGUGUCUCUGUGAUCAUUUUGGAAGCAUUUGCGAAACCAGUGACAAUUCGGCGACGCUUCGGAGCCCAUCUAACGAUCUACGAUCGAUGGUCGCGCGACGCGGUCUCGGGCUUUGUUUAGUGCUCCAUAUAAACUCAUACUAAGCAGUUGGUCGCGCGGUCGCCAAGAAUGGAAGACUACCUUCGGAGAUCUAAUACUGCAGUGGUUGAAGAGUCACAUUGUGAUAUUGAUUUAUUAUUUAAUUAUUUUGUUUUUAACAAGCUUAUUUCAAAAAUAGUUUAAGUUAGUAAUAUGUAUGUACGCUACAUUUUAAAAUGUACAAAUAUAUUUGAAAUCUUAAAUGUGAA